AUGCGCAAGGUGAAAACCUUAAAAUGUGAUAUGUGUGGAAGAAAAUUCGGUCAAAGAUGCCGCCUGAUCGAACAUCUGAGAACCCAUACAGGCGAAAAAUCUCCGCAUACUUGCAAUGUGUGUGGAAAAAAAUUCAGUCGAAAAAGCAGCCUGGAAGAACAUUUGAAAAUACACACUGGCAAAAAGCCAUUUACGUGUGAUGUGUGUGACAGAAAAUUUAGUCACAGACAUAACCUGAUUAAACAUUUGAAAACACACACAGGUGAAAAACCAUAUACGUGCAAUGUGUGUGGAAAAAAAUUCAGUGUCAGAAACAACUUGAUCACCUAUUUGAGAACACACACAGGAGAAAAGCCAUUUACAUGUGAUGUGUGUGACAGAAAAUUUAGUCACAGACAUAACCUGAUUAAACAUUUGAAAACACACACAGGUGAAAAACCACAUACCUGCAAUGUGUGUGAAAAAAAAUCAGUCUGCAAAGGCAGUCUGGUCGUUCAUAUGAGAACACAUACAGGCGAAAAACUGUAUACGUGCAAUGAGUGCAGAAAAAAAUUCAGUACCAGAGGCAACCUUAUAACCCAUAUAAAAACCCAUACAGACGAAAAGCCUUUUACGUGUAAUGGGUGUAAUAAAAAAUUUAAUCGCAGAGACAACCUGAUUAAACAUUUGAGAACACACACAGGAGAAAAACC